AUGGAAGCAGAAGGAGUGAGCUGGAGUGUUGCUAUAAGGAAGGAGAAGCCAAAAUCAGAGCAGUCCAAAGAAGAAGCAGCUGCAGCUGUGAGUGCGAUGGGGACCCCCAAAGGUGCGGCCACAGCGCUGGUGCUGUCACCUCUCUCUGCCCUUCUCAUUGCCGUUGUGCUCACUGCCAUACUGCUGCUUGCCAGGACUCUCCACAAGGCCACUUGUGGCCAGAUCCCACCAGUGGGUCCUUUUGCGUGGCCUCUGGUGGGCAAUGUCCUGCAGCUGGGCCAUCUGCCCCACCUCACCUUCAUGCACAUGGCGUGCCAUUAUGGAGCCAUCUUCCAGCUGUACCUGGGCCAGCAGCAGGUGGUGGUGCUCGAUGGUGAGGUGGGCAUCCAGCAGGCAUUGAUGGGGCUGGGCACAUGCUUUGCCGGCCAGCCUGACUUCCCUUCCUUCAGGCUGGUGUCUGGUGGGCGCAGCAUCACCUCUGGGAGCUGCUCACCCCAAUGGCAGGCACAGUGGCGGCUGGCCCAUGCUGCCCUAAGGGCUUGUUCAACGGUGGCCGAUGUGGAGCGGCACGUGGCGGCCGAGGCAGGUGACCUGGCGCAGCUUUUCCUGAGGCACAGCCAGGGUGGUGCUUAUUUCCAGCCCUGCCUGCUCUUAGUGGUGGCCAACACCAAUGUCCUCUGUGCUCUCUGCUUUGGCCACCACUAUGACCAUUCUGACAGCGAGUUCACCGCAUUGCUUGGCCGCAAUGACUGCUUUGGGCAGACGGGGGCCAGCAGUCUGGUGGACAUGCUGCCCUGGCUCCUCCACUUCCCCAACCCUGUCCGCUGUGUCUACUGUGACUUCCAGGCCCUCAACUGUGAACUGCAUGGCUUUGUGCAGGCCAAGGUGGCACAGCACCACCAGACCUUUGACUGGCGGGCAGUCUGUGACAUCAGUGAUGUCAUGAUCGCCUCUGUAGAGUGCUGGGGUGUGUCCCCUGAUGGGCCUGAGGAUGUGGAAGGUGCCAUGACCGACAUCUUCGGAGCAGGGCAGGACACCACAUCCACAAUGUUCUCAUGGAUCCUCCUGCUGCUGCUGAAGCACCCGCAGGUCCAGCAGGACUGACAGGCUGAGCUGGAGCAGGUGGUGGGACACAGCCGACUGCCCACAACUGAGGACCGACCCCAUCUACCCCUUCUGGAGGCCUUCAUCUAUGAGACACUGCGCUACAGCAACUUUGUGCCCAUCACCAUUCCACAUGCCACCACAGCUGAUGUGGAGCUCGAGGGCUUCCACAUCCCUAAGGGCAUUAUGGACUUUGUCAACCAGUGGUCAGUCAACCAUGACUGCAGCAAGUGGUCUGAGCCCCAGCACUUUGAUCCUACGCGAUUCCUGGACAAGCAGCAGUGCCUGGACCAUGAGCGGGCUGGCAGCGUGAUGAUCUUCUCAGCUGGCCAGCGGCGCUGCAUAGGUGACCAGCUCUCCAAGCUCCAGCUCUUCCUCUUCACCGCCAUCCUCCUCCACCACUGCUCCUUCCAUGCCAACCCAGCGGAGCACCUCACCAUGGACUGCAUCCAUGGGCUGGUGCUGAAGCCACUGCCUUUCACUGCCAAUGUGUGGCCGAGGCUCCACCUGCUCAUCCAGCCAUGA